ACUCUGCCGAGACGAGCGCAUCAUCAUUCCACCACCUCCGUCCCAUCCCAAGCACACGACACGAGAGCGCGCGCGCCACCGCUCUGCCAGGCCAGUCCGGGACAUGGGCACCACGAACGAGCUGAUGCACCGCCACGUCCAGGCGGCCGCCGUGCCACCGCUGCCCGCGUCCUUCGCGGCGACCAGCGCCAGGGGCAUGGGGUCGCAGCCGGGGCAGGGCGGCAGGCAGCGGGCGGGGCUGCCCCCGACGCCGCCCUCGGGGGCCGGCUCCCACUCCCUGCACGUCGCGGACGCGUGCAUGCCGAUGCAGGACGACUCGGCGCCGCGCAAGGCGCACCGCCGCUCCCGCAGCGACGUCCCGUUCGGCUACUUCCCGCCGCCGUCCCCCAAGACGGAGUCCGGCUGGGGCCUCCCCUGCGCCGGCGGCGGCGGCGGCGGCGGCGGCGACGAGCUGUUCAACGCGUUCAUGAGCAUGGAGGGCAUGGACGGGCUGAACAGCUCCGACGGGGACAGCCGCGGGAGCAGCAUGCCCCCGGCCAACGGCGCCGACAGCAGCGAGAACGAGUCGGAGGACUACAGCGGCGUCGAGAGCCAGGUGUUCCUCUGGGGCGAGGCCGGCAGGAAGAGGAACGCCGCCGGGGAGCCGGCGGCCGCGGCUACCCGGCACGCGCGGAGCCUGUCCAUGGACAGCCUCAUGGGGAAGCUGAGCUUCUCGGCCAACGGCGGGGAGCCGAGCAAGUUCAGCCUGGAGUUCGGCAGCGGCGAGUUCACCCCGGCCGAGAUGAAGCGGAUCAUGACCGACGAGAAGCUCGCCGAGAUGGCCCUCGCCGACCCAAAGCGCGUCAAGAGGGUGCUCGCCAACCGGCAGUCGGCGGCGCGGUCCAAGGAGCGGCGGAUGCGGUACAUCGCCGAGCUGGAGCACAAGGUGCAGAUCCUGCAGACGGAGGCCACCACCCUCUCCGCACAGCUGACUCACCUACAGCGCGAUUCGUCGGGGCUGGCCACGCACAACAACGAGCUCAAGUUCCGGCUGCAGGCCAUGGAGCAGCAGGCGCAGCUGCGCGACGCUCUGAACGAGGCGCUCACCGGCGAGGUCCAGCGCCUGAAGCAGUCGGCGACGUCGGAGCGCGGCGGCGACGCGGGCUCGUCCAGCAACCUGGCGCAGCAAAUGCAGCUCCGCUGCCAGAACCAGAUGCUCGAGAUGCACAAGCAGCAGCAGCAGCAGCAGCAGCAGAUACCCUUCUACCAGCUGGAGCAGCCGGAGCAGAAUGGCGAGUCAAACUGAUGGCUUCAGGAGGAAGAACCCAAUCAAGUUCUAGUCCUUUUAGAUGAUCUGAACGAUUUACUACAUUUCCUAACACAUUUGUUUUGCACGUUGAUCUCGUCUAUAGCUGUUUGUGCCUGUCCGGGGGAAAUAAUCCGGCAGUGUAUUAUUUUUUCUGAAUGAUUUUUUCGUCCCUUCACAUCGUGGCUGGAAUUAAAAUGUCAGAACUAAAUUCAUUUGUAGUAUAUAUCAAAAUCUGUAUUGAGUAAUGUGUGUA